GAAGUGUCCACAGCCUUUAGGAUGUUCUGUAUGGAUCCAUCGACCACCUGUCACUCCUCCCCCAUCAGCAUCCUGAUUGGCUCGCGGCUCCACAUGAAAGCAGGGGGGCGGGGACAGUGAGCGCGUCGGUGUUCAACAACAGCCAAUUACAGACGCGCUCUUCUGGGGCGCUUAUAAAUGUCCCGAGGUCGCUCGCGCUCGCCUCAGUGCGCUGAUUGCUGUGAAGAGGGAGAGUAACAGGUAGAGCAGCUCGUUUACUGUAACUGUUAUUGCAGUUGUAUGCGGGAUUACCAGACCAAGCGCUCAGAGGAGACAUUUGUGGCAUUUGUGUUUCGAAUGACGGAGUGGAUAUUGCGCAGUUUUUCUGUUUGGACUUUGUUUUUCCUCGGUUAAAAUCUGUUAAUUGUGACAAUGCGCCUGAUGCAGAACAUGUCGACUAUAGUGGAGUGCCCCGGCUCGGAGUGCCUGUCCAAGCGCCUCAUCAAGCUGGCCGUGCUCGGGGGCAGUGGAGUGGGCAAAACCGCGCUCAUUGUUCGCUUCCUCACCAAGCGCUUCAUUGGCGACUACGAGAGAAAUGCAGGCAGCCUGUAUUCCAGAGAAGUCCAGAUCGACGGAGAACAAGUGGCCAUUCAAGUGCAGGAUACACCUGGAGUGCAGGUAAACGCCAAUGGCCUGAGCUGCACUGAGCACGUGAGACACUCCAUCCAGUGGGCCGACGCAGUGGUCAUGGUCUAUUCUGUGACAGAUGGUCACAGCUUUGACCUCAUUAGUCAGCUCCAUCAGCUUGUGAGCCAUGUGUAUGCUGAUAGACCGGCACCACCAAUUAUCCUGCUGGCCAAUAAGGCGGACAUGGUGCACGUGAGGCGGGUGGAGGCGCAGCAGGGCCCGGCGCUGGCCUUGGCACUCGGUUGUUCUUUCUACGAGGUGUCAGCCAGCGAAGACUACAGUCAGGUGCACGGAGCUUUCCACAGACUCUGCACAGAGCUUGCCAAAAGACAGGUGCCAUUUAGCACUAAUGCAAACGCAGCUUCAGCCAGCAACGAGAAGAAGAGGUCACCUCUUAUCCCCAGACCCAAAUCACCCAAUAUGCAGGACCUGAAGAGGCGCUUCAAGCAGGUGCUGUCGGCCAAAGUGCGCACAGUCACCUCUGUGUGAGGAAGAGAGUGAGGGAUGUGGCCCGGAUGUGGGGCUAGACAAGAGAGAAGAGCGCAGGGUUGAGUGGCAGGGCGACAAUCCAAAAGGCAGAGGCUCACCGAAGUAAAGAUUUGGUCUUGCUUUUGAGCUCAACUUUUGAUCAGCAGGCCAGAUCUAAAACAAAGGGGUGCUGAACUAUGACCUCUGAAAUCGGUGACCUCUGACUUGUGAACUUUGACCAUCUUGGUGGCGGAGGCUAAGCCACCUGUGCUGCUGUGACGGACUUGUACGGAUACAGCAGGAUACUGAGAACUCUGGUGUCUAAAAUUGCCUUAAAGAUGAAGAAUGCAAAAAGACGCUUGGACUAAAUAAACACUAACGUACGCACACACACUGCGUUAUAUCUGUAGACAACUUCACCUGGCAACAGAGCUUGUGAAGGACAGAGGGCUGGGUAUUUUUAUCGACGCAGACGUUUUCUUUUUGUCAAGGCUUUCAGCUCUCAGCAGAAACAAACUGAAAGCAGCCAUUGUUAAAGGAACGAGGCACUAGAGCUGAAGGGCACAAGCAGUCUGUGUGUUUUUGUGUUAAACUCUUCAGUGCCAAUUUGUACAAAUUUUUUUUAAAUGCACUUUACAUCAUGCCCCAGGGUUAAGGCUUGAUCUAAUUUAUUGUUUUGUGAUUGAAAAUAAAAUAUAUUUGACUUUGAA